AUGGCCAAAGGUCCGAUAAGCGAGGAGCGUCAGGAGGAGCGACUAAUCCAGGACCUGCGAGACUUUCAGCGCUCCAUUCCAGCCAAUAAACGCUGCUUUGAUUGCAACGAGAUGAUGCCCCAGUACGUCUGUUUGGACUUUAACACUUUCGUCUGCACUGCCUGUAGUGGUAUACACCGCGAGUUUGCACACCGAGUUAAAUCCAUUUCUAUGUCUAAAUUCACCGAGAGCGAAGUUAAAAACAUGAUUAAACGCGGUGGUAACGAGGCAGCGCAAAAAUUCUGGCGAAGCAAACACGAUCCGAGCUUUCGUCCGAAUGGAGGCACGGACGGCGAGCGCACGCGAAAUUUUAUUCGACUGACCUAUAUCGAUCGCAAGUGGGUGUAUGGAUCGGCAGAUGAAGAAACGAAACAAACGUCAAUGAAAAGCAGCAAGAAGGAGAGAAAGGCUGAUAGUGGCAACAUCUUGCGUAAUUCAAGCCUUCAAUCAACAAAGACUACUGAGUUUGCAGAUUUCUCCAACUUCGAUAACAGCAGCACAUUGUCCACCACUGUAAUACAAUCUUUUGAAGAUUUUAGCAGUUUUGACAGUCCAGCUCUUCCAAACACGACUGACGACUUUGGAUCGUUAGGCGAUUCUUCGAAAUUGAGUAAGACAGCGAAAUUAGUGACAGUGGACAAAAUUCCAGUCCCGCAAGUCCCAAAGUUUGGCUCAUUUAAAAUUGCCCCACCUCCUGGAUCAAACUUUUCUACGUCUAAGGCCAGCGUGCCGUCCGCAACGAAUGAUAUAAUGGGUUUGAGCACAAGGCAGAAACCCGAUGAUGACCUGUUUGGAUUCAAUCAUACCGCGCUUGCACCUGAUAUUCUGAAUCACGCGACUCCUGCAUUGCCAUCACCAUCUAUAGCUCAUGAAGCCUCUGCACCGACCAGCCAACCCGACAACAUGCAGAAUGCUGCAGCAAUACUCAAUCCAUUUACUGACGUGACGGCUGUCGUUCCAUCAACAAUAGCUUCAACUCAGCAAAACGCUUCGCUGUUUGACGCAUUUGGCUCCCCAUCUGCGCCAUCGCCAUCAGUCUUUGACGGCUUAGCUGCGAUAUCACCUGCGAUAAACCCAGACAGAAAUGUAACUGAUGCAUUCGGUGGAUCUGGGGACGUUUUCGGGGCUUUUGCGGGCUCCAACAGCGCGAAAAGAACAGCUUCGUCCAAUCCUGCAAUGGAUCCUUUUGCACGAAAGCCGGACUCGUCUGUAUCUGUCUCCGCCGCCGAUUCAUUUCCAGCUUUCCUUGAAACGCUUCCAAGCACCAGCGGUGAAGCUUCUAUAUCCAAUGUCGGGUCGUCAGACGCCUAUCCAGCCGGCAACAGCUUCAGCCAACAGCAUUGUGUAAUGGCUGAUCCAUUUCAGUAUGCAGGUGGUAUGAGCAGUAGUAACAACGAUGUGAUGGCUGCCCAGCAACAAUUUCGUGCUGGUAAUGUGAACAACCCCCAAUUCGGCGGCUUUAAUGCUGGCUUCCCGCAACAAUCAAUGCCUUCCAACCUAUAUGGUAGUCAGGUGCAGCAGCAAACAGCACUUUACAGAUCACCGCCACAACCAGAGCAGCACAUAUGGAAUGGGCAGCAAGGUGGAAUGUCUCGAUUUCAGCAUGCAAAUCACUUAACAGCACUGCGGCCUCCGGGACAAUUCCAAGCUCCUUUGGCCGAAAGUAUCGCGCCUGCGUCAAGUUCAGUCAAGAUCUCGGGAUCAAAUGCUUCGGUGAAUGACCCUUUUGCAUCUCUCAAUCUGAGCAAUUUAGGAUUCGGUAGCUCAAACAGCAAAGCAGAGGCAUCGUGCACGAGCUGUGGGGGAGUGACUGGCUUGACGACUCAGGCACCCGCGAGUCAAAAGGGCUUCAACAGCUAUCCUGGUAAUACUCCGGCGACCUCUGUGUCUUCGGGGCCAAGCUCGAAUGCGCAAUCUCAAGAUCAAACGCCCACUUUCGCGUACCCUUUGCAAAACAUACCCGCUGAUAUGAAUGCGUUUGGCAACUUUGCAAGAGCGCCAACUCCAGUGCAGAUGCCACCCUCGCCAGCUAACCCUUUUGACCUAUUUUAG